AUGUUCUACUUUCCAGACGUUCCUCCACCACCAUACUGGAUGUUUUUCCGCAAUAUGACCGCCCUCAGGACAGAAGAGGUGGGCUCACAGCGCUCCCUGGUGCCCAGUCCUGACACGCACACUUCAGGGUGCACUGCCACCCUCCCUGCACCCCCCUCAGUUCCUGCUGUGUUAAAACCAGCUUUCAGGUCACCUCCCACUGCCAUCCCCCUGACAGAGAAGGAGCAGUUUGUCAUCACCACUGCUGAGUAUUUUGAGGGAGAUGAUCCUCCCGAAGUCACAGCCAGAGAGAUUGACCCUUUGAUGGAUCAACCCAAACUGUUCUGUCACCGUGUGGAAGUCUUCGCUGACCCUCAGGUCCAGAUCUCUGACACAGCAAUGAAAGAGCAGAUUGGAAACCUGCAGAUUGAGACACUUGACCUGACGCGCACACACUUCAAGCAUCAGAGGAGGCAAAGCUGCGACUCAUCAGCGCAGGGAGCAACAAUCUGCAUCAACACUCUCCAUCGAUACAGACACCUCUGCAGCGAAAAGGUGUUGUUGAGUCAGAGGAAACAUCGCACUUCUUUUAAGAUAAAAAAAGAAAAAGAUACAAGGGUCAAGCUGGCGGGAGAUGAGACAAAGAACGUGUCGGAGGAGGGAGAGGCCAACAGAGGACCAGACAGCUCAGCAGACAGGGAGUCUCCUGGGCCACAUGACAAGACGGUGCGUGUGGAAGUGGAGUGGGACAUCCCCAUGUCAGUGACACUGCCUGUCCAGGUGCAAGCUGACCCCGCACAGCAGCCCUUUCCCUUCCUGGACACGACACUGGCCGACCUGGGCAUCCAGGAGUCAGAGGUGAAGGAGAGGGUGGUGUGGGUCGACACCAAGAAGACGCAGGUGAAGAACAAAGCAGGGAAGCUGAAGGAGAAGGAGAUCACCAUCCUGGAGGUGCGAGUGAAGGCCCAGAAGCCUGGAGAUACAGAGCUGCAGGAGGUGCUUUACAGCACCGAGGCCCACACUGACCGCUCCUUCUGUCGCACUGGAAUGGAUAUUCUGCCCUGGAAACAGAGAGGCACAGGGGAGACCGAGCUGUCGCCAGUGCAGAUGACAAUGGCGCUGGAAAACAAGCAGCCUGACCUGAAGGAGCCUGAAAGACAGCGGGAGAUCUGAGGAAAAACAAAUACACGACUCAUGGGAACGCCUUAAUCGCACAUGAAAACUUCCAAAAUAAUGUUACAUCCACCACUGGAAACGGAAAUCACUUACCCACUCGAUGGCUCGAUUCAAAAUCACAGAAAAGAAUGAUGAUUGAGUGUUACUUUCUUACUAGCAGUGUCGUCGCCAUAAUCUGAAAAAGAGCUGCACAUUCUUAAGGUCUCAAACUCGUGGCUUGCGGGCCACAUGUGGCCCCCCUCAUCGAUUUCAUGGGGCCCCGACACUUAAUAUAAGAUAUAAUGAUAUUUAUAUUGUGAAAUAUUUAUCAUUUCAUAUCAAAACAAACAUAAAUAUUGUAAUUUCAAUGUCUUUUUCUCAAAAGAUUUGACUUUUUUUACUUUACUGACCACACUAGACACUCAGUGCCCCCCUCCCAGGUCAUUUGAGUUGGAGACCCCUGCUUUAGACAGAAGUUAAUGCUGACUGUUCCCCUAACUCGACAUUUUGAUUUUAAUAGGCAGGCAUGCAUCGGUGCAAAGUAUAUGAGAUGUGCUCAAUUUAAAAAAAAUCUGUCAAAUGUGUUGUAGGAUACCACUUUGUAGUUUUAUACUAAAAUUAGAAAUACCACCUUGCAAGUUGUUUGCCUCUGCCAGGCAGUUAAAUCUGUCCAAACUAAUAAUAUAUAGUGUACUGUAACACCAGGUUGAGACAAUAACUAAAUAAAUGUCACUUUAUAACA